GAUAUAUAAGAGCGGAACACUUAAACCCUAAACAGCGGUCUACAACAAUGUUGAUGUACCUUUCGCAGGAUUUGUUAGAGGAGAUACUCUGUCGCGUUCCGGCCAUAUCUCUGAAACAGUUACGAUCUACUUGCAAGCGAUGGAACAGUUUAUUCAACGACAAGAGGUUCGCAAGAAAACACUUUGAUAAAGCAGCAAAACAGUCUCUGGUUGUCAUGUUGACAAAGAAUUAUAGGAUUUGUUUACUGGACGUCAAUCUCAACGAAACUCCAUCCAUAGAGGUUAGGGGUGAACUUAGGCGAGUCAGUAUAUCUCAAGUCUUUCACUGUGAUGGCUUAUUGAUAUACAUCAACAAAGGAGACACUAUGAUGGUGGUUUGGAACCCGUUUAUGGGUAAAAUCAGGUGGUCCCAACACAUAGAUCGUGACAAGACACACUACGACUAUGUUCUUGGAUCCUACCAAGACGAUAAAUCAGGCAAUACUAGCUACAAAGUUUUGAGAUACAUGUUUUGGGGCAGCAAAAAAAAUUUAGAAAUUUGUGAGUUGUACUCUAGUUCUUGGAGGAUUCUUGAUGUCACUACGGACUGCACGUUUUAUGCUGAGUCGACCCGCGCGUCUCUGAAAGGUAAGACUUACUGGUUUGCUUUUGAUGAAAAAGACUGGCAGAUCUAUAUGGUUAGUUUUGAUUAUACAACAGAGAGAUUUGGAAGUCGUAUGAGUCUUCCCUAUCAGUUUCCUAUUGGUAGUUAUAAAACUGUAGCUCUAUCUUGUGUUAGAGAAGAGAAACUUUCAGUGCUAUUACAUCUCAGAGAUACAUCAAGGAAAGAGAUAUGGGUAACAAAUAAGAUUGAUGAGACAACUCAAGUCUUGUCGUGGAACAAGGUCUUAACUCUGGAUUACCCUGAUCUUGGUCGUUGUUUCCUAACUGGUCUAAGUUUUUUGUUCGACGAGGAGAAUAGAAAAAUCGUGUGUUGUGAGAGACGUAUGUCUGAAGACGAGGCCGCCGACUGGGUUUACAUUGUUGAGGAGGAUAAUAAAGUCACACAACUGUGUUUUGGAAAAUGUAACGACUUUGAUACGUUGGAGUCGGAUCCAUAUCUGUUUGGUUAUGUGCCAAGUUUGGUUCAAAUCGAGCAUCCUCGACACAAAACUAAAAGAGGUGACUAAGCUACAUGCCAUGCUACCAUUUUCUUUUAUUGUGUCUUCCUCUUGGUUGAUCUUGGUUGUCAAGUCCUUUCAAUAAUCCUUUCAGCUCUGAUAUUAUAUUAACAAGUGGUACCAUUAGAUGUGCUUUAACAUUGGUUUUUCCUUAAGUGCAAUGUUAUGA